AGGAAAAAAACUUUAAACAUCCGUAUAUGUAUGAUGAAUGCGAUUAAAAUGGGAGUGGACAAACCAAACAAAAACAAACAAACAGCACCAGAAAAGAAGAAGGCCACGCUCUCUGUCAAUUACUCCUAUUGUCUCUCUCUUUUUCUCUCUUUCUAGAUCUUCUUCCCCACCCCACUGCAACUUCUUUCGAUCAGCCUUUCAGCUUAAGUUCUACGCAGAAAGAGUUCAUUUUUAUUCUUCCUCUUCUAUUCUCAAGGUUUUUGAUCUCUAUAGUUUUUUGAAAGAGAAGAGGAACGGGGAGGUUAAAUACUCAAAAUUAAUAGUGGAAGGAAUCAAAGAUGCCUUGGACAUCCUUCUUCAUGUUUUUCAACCGGACUUGCACUCGUCUCGUUGUCUUUUUCCUUGUCAUUCUGUAAAUUUCCAUCCUUUCCAGGCGUUGUUAAUCCGGAGUGGCUCUCUGUUGUUGUUGUGACUAUUUUUUUAGUGUUGAGAAUGUGCAUUGUUGGAAACAAGAAGAAGGGAUACAGAUCAUUGAAGGAAAUAGGAACUUUUAUGAUGACUACAUGUUUCAUUGCUAAUUACCAAUCCGUUCAAGUUUGCCAGGCAGAAUAUUUCAGACAGUUACUUAAGCCUGUAACGUAGUCUGGUUUCUGGAGUUUCCGAUAAUUGGGCGGCGGCUGUCUUUUGAUUACUGUGAGAUAUUAAGAGUUUGGUAUUCUGAAGACAACUGAACUCUGUUUGGUGGAGACUCUUCAGUCUGAUGGCCAUAACAACUUGAUUUAGCAUUUGGUUCAGUUGUCAACGUAGUGUUUGUUUAGUAGUGUAACCGAGCAGCUCAAAGCUUAACGAAGACAGAUUUGGUAGUAAAGAAUCAAGCAGCUCGCAGCUUAGGACUUGUUUUUUGUUUUCACAUUUUAGCUCUAAUGCAGAACAAUCAGUAUCCCUACUUCUCUGACCAAAUGGGAGACGGAAACAUGAACAGCGCCCCGUCGUAUGCAUCAGCGUCAUCCUUUGAUGCUUUGUUCCCGCCAUGUGCCAAGUUACCAUUCCAUGGUGUUGAACUUCAACCCUCUUCGGUCUGUCCAAAGAACUUUGUCGUUUUCGACCAAACGUAUGACCGCAGCCAAGUGAUGUUCCAUCCUGAACUGACACCUAGGCUCGUGAACUCCGGAUUAGCUUCUUCGUUUCAGAACGAGUAUGUUGCGGGAGGUUAUGGUAACUAUGGCCAACAAGAAGUAUCAUCCUCUUCUUCUCACCAAGAAGAUCCUAAUGAGAUUGAUGCUCUCUUGAGCACAGAUGAAGAUGAUGAUGAUGAUGAGAGUGAGGAUGGUGGUGAUUCAGAAGAGGUCAGCAGCACUGCUCGUAACUCGAGCUCUGGAUAUAAUAGCUCAAGAAGGAAGCAGAGUUUAUCUGGAAGUGCUAGUAGUUCUAACAAUGAUGGGAAAGGAAGGAGAAAGAUGAAGAAAAUGAUGGGAGUGUUGAGGAGAAUAGUCCCUGGAGGGGACGAGAUGAAUACAGCUUCUGUACUUGAUGAAGCUGUUCAGUACCUCAAGUCACUUAAACUCGAAGCUCAGAAACUUGGCGUUGGACAUUUCUCAAACCAAUCUUGAAGAUACUAUCCGAUAUUCCUUCUUCCAUUGCAACUGUUCUUGGGAAGUAACUCUCAGUCCAGCACUAUCUGGACCACUCUGUCUCUCUCUAUGGUAUAUCUAUGGUACUUAGAUAUAACAGUAUGUUGAAUCUCUCUCUCUAUAUAUGUUGUUUCAUUUUAUGUGUUGCACAAGGUGUACUUGUGGAUUUGCUUUGAGCCUUUUGAUUUGUAUGGCUGGAACUUACACUGUAAUCAUUUGUAGCCAUGAACUAUUAUGGUUUGUGAUCUGCUUUUUUGCUUGGGCAUGUAAUGUUGUAUUUUGCUUCUUAAAAAAAACAUUUGGUCUUCUGAUGACAAGUUCAUCAUA